AUGAAUGAAUCUCUUUCGAUUGAGUAUCCUUUUAGACUUGGUAAAAGAAGAACAAUAUCAUCCCAGUUAUCAAAUCAAAAGAGUAAAACAAAAACUUUAUUUACUACAAAAUUGGAAGAUGUAAGCAUAAAAAAUGACAAAUUAAAAGUGAUCCUUAAGCAAAGGAUAAAGUCAGAUUUUGAGUAAUUAAAAGAAUAAAUUGAUGAAGUCGCAAAGAAAGAGGAAAAUAAAUAAAUUAAGGUUUUGGCCUUAAUAAAUGGUUUCACAAUGGCAUCUUAAAAAAAAGGUGUAUUUAGAUAUUUGGAAUCUUUGAAACGAUUACAAAUGUAAAAAGUUGUUUACUAUUAAAUAUCUAUUCUUCCAAUUGAUAUAAAUUUGAGAGCCAUAGCUUAUUUUCCUUAAAUCUUAAAUGUAAAUGCUGUUGAAGAACUAAACAUAUUUAUAAAUCCUAAGUAACACCAAAAUAUAUCGUAUGGCAAAAAGAAUAGAAUGAUUCCUUCUGAAACUUGUAAUUUUUCUAAUUUAAAAUCAUUUUGCAUGACUAUUUAAGAUUAGAAAUUUUAUGAAGUAGAAAUAUCCCUGUUAUCUUAUAUUCUAAAUUAUUGUUCAAAGUCAUACAAGUUAGAAAUUUUAAAAUUGAAUUUUGGAAAAUGCUAUUUUGAAAAAGCCGAAAUUUUUCAAUAAAUUGUUUCUAAAUGUUUUUCAUGUUCCAAAAACUUAAAAAUUUUAUAGUUAGAUGUUAGUUCAGUAAAUAAUUUCAAUAAAAUAAAUUUUUAAACUUAUGAACUUACUUAAAAUAUUGAAUAGCUCUAGUUAAAUUUAGCAAAUAUACCAUUAACCUCACAAUUUUUUUUAUCUUUGCUAGCUAUGUUAGGGUCAAUGAAAUUUUUAUAAAAUUUAGGUCUUAAUUUCAGCAAGUCAAACGUUGAUUUUAGAAAAUUAUAAUUUCUUUUAGAUACAGUGAUGAAAAUUCCUCUACUCAAUACAUUUUCUCUAGAUUUGAGUAGUAAUAUUUUUUGUUAAUCAUUCAAUACAAAGAUUUAUGAAGAAAAUCUAACAAAUAAAAAAUAAUUGAAAUAAUUGAACUUAAUUUUAAAUGACACAGUAUGUCUAAGUGAUCAACAUACAAUUCCCUCCCCUGAUUUUGGGAUUUUAGGUAAUUUUACUUUUAAAAAACUUGUUUUAAAUCUAAACAGCACAAUCUAAACUUACAAUACAUUAAACAUUUUUGGAUGCGAACUAGAGCAAUCAAAUUGCUCGGAUAUAACUUUGAAGUUGAAUAAUACAAGAUUAAAUUAUGAUCAUAUUUUAUUUCUUCAAAAAGCAUUAUAAAACUGCAGAACCAUCCUAAGAUUAUAAUUAUAUGUUUAAAAUAAUUUGAUUUAAACUAACCAAAUGAGCCUCAUAUUGGCAGCAUUUAUUUAAAUGAAGUUGAUGACAAUGAAUAUCCAUUUUAAUGAAGAAAUUAAGUCGAAACUAAUUAAUGAUUUUGCGAUGAAUAGCACAUAUUUAUUGAAAAGUAAUUUAGUUACAAAAAGAAUUGAAUCAUUAUUAAAUAUGAAAAAAUUGUUUGUUUCCGUGAUAAUAAAGCUUGAAAAAUACAAUUUAGAACCAGAAGUUUUACAAUUUUUAAAUGAUUUAUAUUAAUUUUAAUGA